UUAGAUUCACAAACUCUGCCUCCGCAGCCUCAGUUUGGGGCCCUGAAACACCCCUUCAGAGACUCCCUCCUUCCCAACCUCUGUCUCUUGGCUCCCUGCCUGGUUGCCGUGGAAACAGGUUCCACUGCGGACAAAGGAGGGAGCUGGGUCCCGCUUCCUCCCGGUCCUACUGAUGAGGAUUUUUAGACCGUGGAGACUGCGCUGCCCUGCCCUGCACCUGCCCUCACUCCCCGUGUUCUCACUCAAGUGGAGCUUGCCCUCCCUCGCCCCUGACGAGACCAUGUGUAAAAGUGUGACCACAGGUGAAUGGAAGAAAAUCUUCUACGAGAAGAUGGAGGAGGCAAAGCCAGCGGACAGCUGGGACCUCAUCAUCGAUCCCAACCUCAAGCACAACGUGCUGGCUCCAGGCUGGAAGCAGUACCUGGAGUUGCAUGCUUCGGGCAGGUUCCACUGCUCCUGGUGCUGGCACACCUGGUCAUCGCCCCACGUGGUCAUCCUCUUCCACAUGUACCUGGACCGCGCCCAGCGGGCCGGCUCGGUGCGCAUGCGCGUCUUCAAGCAGCUGUGCUACGAGUGUGGCACGGCGCGGCUGGACGAGUCGAGCAUGCUGGAGGAGAACAUCGAGAGCCUGGUGGACAACCUCAUCACCAGCCUGCGUGAGCAGUGCUACGGCGAGGACGGCGGCCAGUACCGCAUCCACGUGGCCAGCCGCCAAGACACCCGGCGGCACCGCGGCGAGUUCUGCGAGGCCUGCCAGGAGGGCAUCGUGCACUGGAAGCCCAGCGAGAAGCUGCUGGAGGAGGAGGCGACCACCUACACCUUCUCUCGGGCGCCCAGCCCCACCAAGCCACCGGCCGAGGAGGGUUCUGGCUGCAAUUUCUUCUCCAUCCCCUGGUGUUUGUUUUGGGCCACGGUCCUCCUGCUGAUCAUCUACCUGCAGUUCUCCUUCCGCAGCUCCGUCUAA